AUGUCCAGCGUCUUCUAUGCUGUUCUCCACCUCAUUCUGAGCAUCCUGAUCCCAGUGGCCAACAUUGUGGUGAUAGUGAUCCUCUCCAAGCUGAUCAAGAAGAAGUGCUGCAAGAGCUACGUGUUCAUCCUGAACCUGGCGGCCGCCGACCUGCUGGUGGGACUCAUGUGCAUCCUGGAGGCGCUGGAUGACCUGCUGGACGGGGACUUUGACAGCAACUUGUUCUUCUGCCUCCUGCGCUUGUGCUUCACUGUCACCCCGUGUAUCGCCUCCAUGCUCACCCUGCUCUUGAUUUCGCUCGAUCGCUACUUGGCCGUCAAACUGCCGCUAUAUUACGCCAAUAUCAUGAGCACCAAAUCCAUUUGCGCACUUAUAACGCUGAUUUGGGUGGUUUCCUUCUUCGUUGGGUACAUGCCCCUGAUCUCGCCUUCGCUGCAACAGAACGAUUACAAAGGGAUUUGUGGGCUCUUCUAUGCGGCCAAGAACGAAUACCUGUACAUUCUGUGCUUCAUCGUGUUCCUGCCCGCCCUGCUCACUAUGAUCUGCCUGCACACGGCCGUGGGGAGAAUCGCCUAUCUGCACCAUGUCCGUAUCCAGAGGAGCCAGGUGGUCGGGGGGCUCCCUAGCAACCCAGCGGCGCACUCGUCCCACUUCAAAGCAGCCAGGACUGUUCUCAUAGUCAUCAUCUGCUUCAUCAUAUCUUGGGGGCCCUACUACAUCACAGGGAUCAUCCAAGCAACCUGCCAAAGCUGCAAACUGGUGGACCUCAUGAAAGACAUUCUGUUUGCUUUGGGGGAGCUCAACUCCCUCCUGAACCCCAUCAUUUACACGUUCUACUGCACCGAGAUAAGAACUUAUUUGUACAAAUAUCUGGUGUGCAAGAGGCGGAAGGUGAAGCCCCAAACUUUAGCCGUGGUCCAUUUUUCUAACAUAAGGCAGGCCUUGGAUGAAGAAGCCCUUGCUGCCCAGGAAGAUCGGGAUCCUGGGGUGACUAUAUUCAUGGGUCCCACUGAUUAUCGGAUGGAAGCAUCGGGCAGUUUUAUAGACAGUAAUGGCUCUUCAUUGCAAGAGCAGCCAGUGUACAGGAUCCUGUAA